AUGCAAGUUCCUGCCAGGCCUCUUGGAUCCGUUUGCGCCUACUCCGUGCGUCCUGGUGCGUCACUUUAUGGAAGCACACCAUGUAAUGUGUCGCCGGCGAAACCAAGUACGGGAAAAUCAUUCACCAUCGAUGCGCUGCUCUCCAAACCAGACACCGUCUCAAGGGAAAGGACCGGCCUCACGGAGACUGUGAAGUAUCCUUCAACAGUGGGUUCCGUCUACUCGGUUCAUGGACAGAUGCACUCAUUGCCGCAAUACGUCUACAGCCCGAACAUGGUUCACCCUCAAUCUGGAUACCCUGUGUACUACUGCCCUACCUACGGCUACCAAACCGCCUACCGUGGACCUCUUUACGCACAAGAAGCGGCCAUGACGAAAACUGGCGUGCACAUGUUCAAACACAAGGCGGGAAAGUCCAAACGUAUGCGCACCAGCUUCACGAACGAGCAGUUGUCCCGGCUUGAGAAGGAGUUCGCCCGGCAACAGUACAUGGUCGGGUCCGAGCGUUUCCUGCUGGCUAAUUCUCUACAGCUCACCGAAGCUCAGGUUAAGGUUUGGUUCCAGAAUCGUCGUAUCAAGUGGCGCAAGCAGAGUUUGGAGCAGCAGCAAGCCAAAUUGGCUAAACUAGGACUUGCCAUACCACCCAAGAGCCCUGGUUCCCAAGGUCGUGAGGACGAGGGCGAUGAUGAAGAUUUUAGCAACGAAUCAGACAUCGACAUUGAAGGCUCUAUUAGCGACUGCUGA